AUGGCCGCCUCCACCAUGUCUGUCUGCUCUGACGCUUGCACCAACUCCUCCUGGCAGGUGGAUGACUGCCCAGAGAGCUGCUGUGAGCCUAGCUGCUGUGCCCCCAGCUGCUGCCACUGCUGUGCCCCCAGCUGCUGUGCCCCAGCCCCCUGCCUGACCCUCAUCUGCACCCCAGUGAGCUGUGGGUCCAGCCCCUGCUGCCAAUCUGUCUGUGCUAGCUCCUGUGCACCCUCAUGCUGUCAAUCCUCCUGCUGUGUGCCUGUCUGCUGCAAGCCUGUCUGCUGCACACCCAUCUGUUCUGGCUCCUCAUGCUGCCAGCAGUCUAGCUGCCAGCCAGCUUGUUGCACCUGCUCCCCCUGCCAGCCAUCCUGUGUGACCCUGUGCUGCAAGCCUGUCUGCUGUACCCCCUGCUGCCAGUCUUCCUGCGCACCCUCAUGCUGCCAGCAGUCUAGCUGCCAGCCAGCUUGCGGCACCUGCUCCCCCUGCCAGCCAUCCUGUUGCAUGACCCUGUGCUGCAAGCCUGUCUGCUGCACACCCAUCUGCUCUGGAUCCUCCUCAUGCUGCCAGCCCUCAUGCUGUCAAUCCUCCUGCUGUGUGCCUGUCUGCUGCAAGCCUCUCUGCUGCAAGCCCUGCUCCAGCGUGUCCCUGAUCUGCCGCCCUGUGUGCAGACCUGCCUGCUGUGUGCCCAGCUCCUCCUGCUGUGCCUCCUCCUGCCAGCCCAGCUGCUGCAAGCCCUGCUCCAGCAUGUCCCUGAUCUGCCGCCCUGCCUGCUCCAGCCAGGCCUGCUGUGGCCUCUCCUCAGGCCAGAAGUCCAGCUGCUGA